AUGCCUCUAUACAUCUGUUUUUGUCCUGACGCUCAAGGAUCAUUGGACAAACGGCGGCAAGCUAGAGCUGAGCAUCUGGCUCUGGGUCAGAAAGACCGGGCAGAGGGCAGAACCGUAUUCGGACGUGCUUUCAUCGACGAUUCAGUAUCUCAUCACGAUGAUCGGAGCCCACCUGAGGUACCCUCGGGUGAAUUGUCAUCUGGAACAAAAGGCUCUACCAUGAUCUAUCGGUACCAGACCAUUGAACAGGCCUGGAGUAGACUUCGAGCCGAUCCAUACUGGAUAGCUGGUGUAUGGGAUAAGGAUAGGACCACGAUACAUGAGCUAGCGCCUGGUGAAAACGAUGAUACGAUUAGAGUGAUGUAA